UGGUCCUAGAUCUGUGCGUAUGUGUUUGAUAGGAAGCCUACAGGUGGGAGGGGUCAGAAAGCGCACGAAGGAAGGGAGGUAAAAAGGAAGAGAGAGAGAGAGGAGACUUAGGUAGGGGGAGAACAGUCAUUCAGAUUCUGCUCGGCUUGAAACGCAAGCCACCUUCCUCGCAGUUUUGCGUCGCAAUAACUUCUUACUAACUGACUGAAAUUAAAACUUUUUCUUGGCAAAACUGUAACCCAUUUCAACGUCUGGAAAAUAACGGCAGGCUCCUGGAUGCGCCUGGAAGUGUCUUAUCGCAUUUACAAGAAUAAUUAAGGGAAUAGCAGCUGCUUUUGGACAUAUUUGAAGGGAACAUACGUGCUAUCAAUCAGGGGACUAAUAAUAUAGAUGUUGAAGUGACGGUUUGAGAUACCGUCUCACAUCCCGCUGUAGCCUAACUAUGGGUCGAUAGUAUGGACUUAUCCGAUUCUGGAGAGGAAGAGUGCGUCACGGCUGAUAGGAAUUUACUUCCACACUAUUCGUGUGGAAUAAAAGUUCAUUGACAAACGGGAGGAUUCUGCCGCAUCACUUUUUUGUUGUUUCUUGCAAAGGCAUGGCGGGACCAGUUCUGUUUCUUGUGCUGUGGGUCUUCACAUGGUCCGGGGAGGUUCGGUGUGCUUCGUACCCGCAGCGGUAUAAUCUCUAUUCGGGACAGACCCAGGCGCAGCCACAGAACGGCGCACGGGCAGCGAGCAGACACAGAAACUGGUGUGCAUAUGUGGUGACAAAGACGGUGACCUGUGUGGUGGAGGAUGGAGUGGAGACCUACGUCAAGCCUGACUACCACCCCUGCUCCUGGGGCGCACAGUGCUCUCGCAUGGUGACGUAUCGAACAUAUAUGAAGCCGCGGUACAAGGUGGCCUACAAGAUGGUGACGGACAUGGAGUGGAAGUGUUGCCAUGGUUACACUGGGGACGAAUGUAGCGAGGGGCCGAGCGGAGGUUCUGGGACCCAGAUUGCUACAGCCAGACCCCGGCCGAAACCCUCCCGACCGGGACAGACUGGAACCGGCACAGGUCACGGGGGACAGAAUGGGGGAGACGGGCGAGGAGACGGCGACAAGAUGCGGCAGCUGGAGGACAAGAUCCAGAGCCUGACCAAGGACCUCCAUGACCUGCAGUCCACCCUGAGGGGCAUGAAUGAACGCUUCCAGGAGGAGAUGCACAAACCAGGUUUCACCGGUGACGGCACCAAGACCCCUGCGGACUCAGCCCAGCCCGAGAUGAAAGAGACCAUCCACAGCAUCCAGACCAAACUGGACCAGCUGGACAACCGGACCCAGGCCCAUGACAAGACCCUGGUCAGCAUCAAUAACCACCUGGUCAAUGGGAAUGCUGGCAGUGGGAAUGAUCUCGGGGGCGGCACUGGCGGCUCCUCUGGAGGCACCGGUGGGUUUAGUGGUGGGACGCUCAGCACACUGAAAGAGGAGAUCCUGAGAGAGCUGGAGAGGAGGGUGUCUCUGUCCUGCUCCUCCUGCCAGUCUGGGGUGGAGGACCUGCGAAUGCAGCAGCAGGAGAUCAGGGAGAGGAUCCAGGUAAUGGAAAAGCAGCUGAACGCAGUGGACGGACACUACCGCCAGAGCCUGGACGGCCUACGCCGGGAGGUCACACGCUCCCAGGGCUGCUGCAACACUGUCACCGACCUCAAGAACAGGGUCACAGAUGCAGAGAGAAAGAUCAGCUCUGUGUCGGAGAACUACAAUGUCAUCCAGAACCGCCUGGAUAAGGAGUUGGGAAGUGGUGGUAGUCAUGGCGGUGGAGUUUUCGGAGGAGGUGGCUUUGGACCCGGUGGUGGCUUUGGACCCAAUGCUGGCAGCGGCUUACCCAAGGUUAUAGAGGACAGGCUGGAUAGCCGUCUGAACGACCUGGAAAGGCGGUUGAACAGCACAGUGCAGCACACAGAAGAGAGCUGCACCUUAAUAGAGAACGACUUGAAGGACUACUUCCACCGUGAGCUCGGUGACCUCCGGACCAUGUUCCUGGACCGCUUCGAUGCCCAGGGCUACCGCAUCGAAGACAUAGAGCUGGACGUGGGCACCUUAAAGGACAGAGUGUCGGACCACGACAAGAAGCUGACCCGCCUGGAGAACUCUACGGCACUCCUAGACAAGAGUCUGACUGACUGUGGCUGUGGAGGAUUAGGAGGAGGAGCUGGAGGAGUGGUAGAAGGUGGAAGAGGAGAUGGAGGAGGAAGAGGAGGAAGUGGAGGAACAUGGGGAACAAGAGGGAGAGGAGAUGGAGGAGGAUGGGGAGAAGCUGGAGGAAGAGGAGGGGGAGGAGGAAAAGGAGAUAGAGGAGGAAAUAAAGGAACUGGAGAAGGAUGGGGAGGAGCAGGGGGAGCAGAGGAAACCGGAACUGGAGGAGUUGGAGAUGGCGGAAGAGGAGGAACAGGGGGAACCGGAGAUCGAUGGGGUGGAGCUGGAGGAGACAGAGGAAAUGAUUACAACGGAGACUCUGUGAAGUCUAUCACGUGGAGGGUGGUGGCUAAUGAGGACGAGAUCCGCCGCUUCGACACACGUAUCAAGGACCUGUCCGUCUCAGGCGACUCGCUAAUGGACAAGGUGGUGGACCUCAGCCACGACAUCCGUAAAAUCAAAGCCCUGACCGGAGACAAUGGCGAGCACUUCAACCGCAUUGUCACAGAGAUCGAGACACUGGGUCGUUGCGUGGACGACUGCGACAUCUGCGGAAGAGUGGAAGACGAGUUGAAGAAGCUGAAGAACCACACGCAGCACACUCUGAGCCGCUGGGAGAAGGACAUCAACGCCAUCCGGACACGGGUGGACUCAGACCAGAGCUCCUGUUCGCAGGUGUGCUCCACCCUGCAGGAGGAGGUGGGAAAACUCCAGGAGGAGGUGGACAAGUGUAGUGGCCAGUGUAAGAUCCGCCUUGUGACCCCAACAACAGGUGGCAGCACUGGAGGAGGCCUGGAUGACGCCCAGAAGCCUCUGGAUGGCCACAGUGUGAUUGGAGGAACAUCUAACAACGGCCACCUCAAGUCCCUGCAGGGUGAGCUGUCCGAGGUCAUCCUGACCUUCAGCUCCAUUAAUGACACACUGAGGGGCCUGGAGCACACAGUGCAGAAACACGGCAGCAUCAUCACUGACCUGGGCAACACAAAGAACAAGAUCAUCUCGGAGCUGGACAAGAUCCAGCAGGACGUGACCGAGCACAUUGAGGAGAGUCGCAACCACCUCGACGGGGUGGAUCGUGAUGUGCGCCGUUUCGAGAACACCCUGGUGGUGGAGAUGGGUGACUGCAAGCGCUCUGGUGACGGCCUGGAGAAGAGGCUGUCCAAGAUGGAGGGUGUGUGUGGACGGCUGGACGGCAUCUCGGACUCGCUCCAGAAGAUCAAGGAGGGGCUGAACAAGCAUGUGUCGGGCCUGUGGAACUGUGUGAACGGCCUGAACGCCACGGUCAUCUCCCACGGAGGGGUCAUCAAGAACAUCCAGACCAUUCAGCUGGACGGGAUCCACGGGAAAAUCAAGAACCUCAAUUCGUCCAUCAGCAAUAUCCUCAAGGAGUUCCAGAACCUCUCGGAACAGGACCUGACCGGCCUGCCUGGUCCUCCAGGUCCCUCUGGGGAAAGAGGGUUCCCAGGCUUGCCCGGCCCCAAGGGGUCUCAAGGUAGGGACGGACCUGUGGGCAGGCAGGGAGAGAACGGGCCCAGAGGACAACCAGGUCUCAAAGGUGAACAAGGUAUGCCAGGUGCUGAUGCCAACGUGCCCAAGCUCUCCUUCUCAGCAGCUCUCACCUACCCCGUGCUUAACGCUGGCACCAUCAUCUUCGACAAGAUCUUUGUCAACGAGGGAGAGUUCUAUGACCCGCGGACAGGCAUCUUCACAGCGCCCAUUGAUGGACGCUACUUCUUCAGCGCCAUCCUGACGGGCCACAAGAACGAGAAGAUCGAGGCGGUGCUGUCCAAGUCCAACUACGGAAUGGCCCGGGUAGACUCCGGGGGAUACCAGCCAGAGGGCCUGGAGAACAAGCCAGUGGCUGAGGCCAAGAUCAACCCCGGCUCCCUGGCCGUGUUCAACAUCAUCCUUCCCCUCCAGGUUGGAGACACGGUCUGCAUUGACCUCGUCAUGGGCAAGCUGGCCCACUCCGUAGAGCCUCUCACCAUUUUCAAUGGAAUGCUGCUGUACGAACAGAUGUGAGCCAACGGGACAGCAUCCCCUAGGCUCUCAAGCUGGAACACGAGAGAGGGAGAGGAAGGGAGGGAGGAAAGUGAGAAAGAAGAGAGGGGUUGGGGUUUGUACGCUCCGGAGCCAUUUAGUCUCAGUUUUAUUUGACAACUGCUUUUGAAAGCAAAAUGAUCAGUCCAGAGAAUGAGGUUAGAAUGACUUUAUAUCGACUCGUGAAACAUGGGAAUGAAAGAGAACUAGGAGAUGACGACAAUGACAGAAAAGUGUUGUGUUUUUUCCUCCGCGUGUCAUUCCUGGCCCUCUGGUGUUGUGAGACCUGAUGAACUGCUUGAAAAAACAUAGGAUAUACUGUAGACUGUGCAGCAGCAGACUGAGUGAUGUUUAGCUUGCCCAGCAUUUGGAGAAGUGUUUUCACAACGAAUUUGUACUACUGCAGGAUUUGUAUACGGUUAUUGGAGUCUCCGUCUCCUUAUUACUCACUCCAGGCAUGGGGCUCGGAGUACAGUAGUUCAUUCACCAAUACCGGCCAUAAGGUCUCCUUGACAUCCCACGUACCCCUUUGCUGCAAAGUGUUUCCCUGCCAUGGAGCAAGACCCACAGUCAAGGUCUGAGGUUAACCUUAAGUAGUUAACCUUAAAAACCAGGAAUGAGAAAUCAAUUUCUUGAUUUUCUCUAGCUGUUUUCUAUUGUUCUACUGUUUUCUAUGAGAUGAAUUCACACAUUUUGUGAUUGUUUUGAUAUUACCGUGCCCUUUUCUAUCUCCUUGUAUGUGUGUUCUGGUCUUUAUACCCUGUAAUGCCUUUGGCCCAGUGAAUCCAAAGUUUGCCUGUGUGGAUAUUAUUUUAAAGCUUCAGUACCUUAUACUGACGGGUUCCAAAGCGUUUUCUGCGCCGUCCGUAAAUGUCUGUGAUACUUCCAGAUGAAUGAAUGUUCCUAACUCAAAGCUCCCAGCCUUAAGCCACAACCAAGUAGGAAUUUACCUCAACCAGAGGGAAACGCUGCCUUACAUCACAGUACAGUAGGACCAAAUGGGCUAUAGCCCCUUUAUUACGUCAGUAGGGUUGCAAAAAUCUGCAACAUUUCCCCAAAUUCCCAGGUUUUCCAGAAAUCCUGGUUGGAGGAUACCAGAUGUCCUUCUUGUUCUCUCCUGAUUCCAGGAAUCUUCUAACCAGGAUUUUUUGGAAUACCUUGGAAUUUUGGGCAAGUUUUUUUCAACAAAUGACAACAAAUGACAGCACAUUUCACUUCAACCUUACCCAUACCAGAUACAAUGUAGCAGGCAACGAUAUCAGAACAGCAUCAGGACGUUAUUAACCAGUGCAUUAGGUUGGUAGGCUAUUGGAGCAUAUGUUUAUGUGUUCUUUACUUGGAAAUUCAGCUUACAGAUGAUCAAAUCAGACCUGGAUUCAAAUAAAAUAAAAAAUCUGUGUAUUUGAGUAUUUUCUAAUAAUGUGGCCUGAAUCAACUACUUCUUUUGCAAGUAUUUGAAGGUAUUUUCCAAAAAAUUGCCUACUAAUUUGAAAGUACUUUCAAAUACUAUUUUCAAAUACCUGGGUUAAAUGCAUCGGAGUAUAUUUGAGUCACUGACUGUGUCCGAAUAUCCAUUCCUGAGUCCUAAAUUGUAGGCCGUUUGAGUAUGUGAAAAGAAAUGGUUUAAUAUUAUGCGACAUUUCGAAAAUCAAGUAUUGUUUAAAUGCCAGGAUGUUAUACUAAUUUUGUCUCUUCAUCUAGUAGAAUUGGAUGCACACUUUUCCACAAUGCAUUAGAAGAGGUGGGUUGCGAAUGAUAGGCUCUCGUUCCCUUCAAGUAGCCAAAUAACAAAACUAGACUUCUUAAUUGGGCAGAUACAGAAUAGCGAAGUUUCUGCGGUGGUGUUCAAAUUAUAUAUUUUUUGUAGAUUUCUGUUUUCAUAUUCAAAAGGGUUUCUUAUUUCUUAAGGGUUUCUUAUUUCUGAAUGUGUGGGAACCGGGGACUCUGGAUGUGGCUGCGUUAUUGAUGUCAUGUUAAUCUGGCCUUUUGAUUUCAACAUAUGGAUUGUUUUAGUUUUGUAGACUAGUUUACCGAUUUUAUUAUUUAAUUUAUGGGUCAAGUCUUUGCAGUCAUUCUUAUCUCAUUCCCAAUGAUCAGUGUUUUAGUUUAAUAUGUUGCUGUCCAGCGGUUCAGAAUUUGCGAUGCACCCGACUGUCCACAUUUUUCUGUGCAAUAGUCUUUUCAUUUGAACAUCUGAAGAGUUUUGGUGUGUGCACUAGGCUAUUUGAUUUAAUUUAUAUAUGUUACAGCACUUUGGUUUCACUACUAAAUAUGUUGAAAUGGAACCAGUCUUCAGUCUUUUUUAAAUUGGAAAGAUGGGCGAUAUGGGCUACGAUAUAGGUUGAAUGUGAUAGCCUGAGUAGGCCUAUAACUCCAUUCCUAUUUUAUUCAGAGUUUAGAGAAAUUAAUAAAAUUGGAAAUAAGCUAUUAUCAGGCUUGAAAUGCGAUACGUCUAUUGAAAAAAAUCCGCCCUCAUUUGGCCCCGCCCCACCUUCUCAGCCAGUGCGUUGCGGCCGUGGCAUACUUUUUACUAAACGGUACGUGCUAAAUAGUAUGCAGUUUAAGUAUGUAGUACACUAGUAUGGGUAUUCAGACACAGCCAGUGUAUUUGAUAAUUUUCAAAUACAUGUCAAUACUUUCCAAGUGUAUUUCCAAAUACCUUCCAAUAUUCAACUACUUGUCUUUUCAAAUAAAACAUAUCUGAAUACUUAC